AGCAGCGGUCGCCUACAACAUGGCAAAGUGCUUGGUCUUCCUUACAGUGGUUCUUCUGGCUCCCUGCUGCGUUGCUGAAGUUUCCAACUCGAUUUCGCACCAAAGCCAGCGAGAUUUCCCCCUUCUACCUAGACCGGAAUGGUACACGACUGUAGCUGUCCGUCUCCAGAAGAUCGCGGACUGGCUCACGUCCUUGUCUCGAAACGUGAGUCGUCUCGUUCUCUUGGAGGAAACGAACUCCCCUAGCGUCAUGCGGAAUAUGAAGACCCUGAGUGAGGCGGAGGGCAAUCGUUCCUCCUUGAAACUGGCUUCCCUCCCUCCCAAGGCCCUCGCUGAGGAAGAGGCCAAGGACAAGAGGACGUCGGUGUUCGAGGCGGUGCUGGCAGUCCUGAUCAUGCUCCUCCUCCUGGCUGCCGUCGCUCUCCGGGUAUCGAGGGGAAACACCCACCCUCCCCAAGCGCUGGAAUUCAAAAUGAGUAUUAACAGCAACUGGCAGGUAGAGAAAUACAGAUACCCAUUUGAGAGUGAGGAACACUGGAAACUCAAGAAAGAAUUCUUGCUAGCACACAAGAGCACUGUUCCUGAAGAUCAGCUGGUAUGCCUUGCACAAGUGUAUAUAAAUGUAAAGCUGCUUGGGUGCAGGUAUCCAGCCCAGACAAUGAAAAAGAUUUCAGCACUUGGUGUCAACCUCGGGAAAGAGUACAAAGAGAUGCAGAAGACGCGGCUUCAACGCACAUUCGUCAAGGCUUCUGAAGCAGCUGAAGCCAAAGUCAUGAGAGCUCCAAAGAGAAAGAUUGAAGACACAAAUCAGAGUAACAAAAAUACAAAGAAAGUGCCCCUAGCUCAGAGACCUGUAACAUUUGUAAAAUCAAGUGACAACCAAACAGAAAAUCAGAAAGCAAAAGAAGACAGUGCUCACAUUCGGGCACCAAAGCCACCUAAGCAAAAGAAAAUGGCACAGAAUAACAACAGCACACAAAACACCAGUACGCUAGUUGCCAGACACGAGACAGACCAGGAACACAGGAGUAGCAGUGUGCUGCCCUUAUCUAUGAGACCCUUAGCCUUUGUGAAAUCCAAUGAGGUCCUUCAUUUGGGGAAGGAUCCACCAGACACUCCUGAAGGUGAAGUGAAUGAAGCUGAGGUAGAGGAAGCAGAAACAAAACCGACCAAUGAACCAGUCUCCAGCCAGAAUAAUCAGCCAUGGAGCAUCAACCUUGCACCGAAUAAAUACGUAAUAGCUGUCCAGAAUAAUUCCAAACUCACCAGUCCUAAAGGUUCAACCUCAGGAAGGGAAAUCACUCAAUCGGGAAGAGGAGCAAUAAGGCCAGCACCCGCACCUGCAUUUAAUCAGACUAACAGCAUUGCCCCCUCAAAUGGAGUGCAACAGAGGCAAGGACAGAAACCAUUCAUGAAAUUUAAGAUCAACGAGCGAGACCCUCUGGCCAGAUUUGUGAUUUUGGAGCAUGGAUAUGUCAACAAUGACUCAGCGAUCAGCACCAUCAACCAGUCAGCCAACUUCUCCCACAUGCACAUAGAGUUCAAAUUUAAUGAUUGUGGUUGUAACAUGGAGUGUGCAGUCAUAAUCCAGGGCACACAGGUUGGUAAGGCGAAAGAACCCACCAAGAAGGCCGCUAAGGAGAGUGCAUCGAUACAGGCCCUAGAGGAGCUCAGGCGCAGGUGCUAUACUCUCAAGAUCAUGAAGAAGCAUGCAUCGGAGGAGGAGGUGUCCAUCACUGACGUGGAUGGGAGGGUAUCCAAGGUGAACGAAGGAGGCUCCUCUUUAGACAGGCCCAUGGAAGACUCCUCCAUAGGCAGCAAGCUCCUCAAGAUGAUGGGCUGGAGUGGUGGAGGGCUCGGCAAGGAAGAGUCAGGCAUCACAGAACCUAUCAGGCCAGCUACUGUAUUUGGGCGCGAAGGACUGGGCCACGAGGAGCAGGGUGUCACGCAUAAGUUCCGCUCGUACAUCAGGAAUCUCCUCUCAGACUUUGCCAAGGGCUCCAGCCUAAAGGACUUGGCCUUCUCACCAGAGUUCUCUAGGGAGCAGCGGGCAGAGAUUCACAUGGCUGCUCGUAAAUUCAAGCUAAAGACCAAGAGUUUCGGCGAAGGGCAGAACCGUUUCCUGGUGCUGUCCCGCAAAUUCUCAGCCCUUGAGCUCAUCGAGAAGAUCAUGCAGGAGGGUGGGACGAGCAAGUACGAGGUUGUGCCACCAAAGCGCUAGUGACAGGGGGAGGUUGUGUGUUAAAAGAACAUUGCAGGACUAUAGUGUUUGUAAGGAGGGCAUUGUUGCUUAAGUCUCCCCCCCCUUCCCUUUUCUAAACACACUUAGAGUAUAAUAUAUAUAAAUAUUCAUGUUUAGGUAUUUAUAUUAUUUAUAUAUAUUUGUGUUUCUUCAGUUUGCUAGUGUUUCUUUUGGUAGGAAUUCUAUAUUUUGUCUCAGUAUUUCACUCUUGCCCAAGUCCUUGACAUGCAAGUGAAAUGUGGGCAUUAUUGCAUAUAGUAUAUUUCUGUAAUGCUAUAUUUCUAAUUAUUUGAAGGAACUUGCAUAUUUUAACAGAGUAAUGCAGUAAAGGGAGACUGAGCCAUAUUUAAUCAUUGUCAUUAUUUCAUAUGAUGUGUACAUAGAACUUUUCUUAUCUGUUUUUGUUUGUUGUUCAGCUAAUCAUUUGCCUUCUGGCUAUUGACACAUUAAAGCAUGUAUGAUAUAUACAUACAUACAGCAUAAUGUAUAGAUUAAAUAUUCAGUGUAAAGUAGAUUUACUUUACACAGAUUUCAUUAUAUUUUGUUUUUGAAUGGUGGCACAAUGACCCAGAUUAUAUAAGUGUUUGUGAAGUCAAAGGAAAUAAGGAAUUUUUUAAGGCAUGAAUAGAUAAAGUACUCUACCUUAUCUUUUUAUUUUUUUCUGUUCAUUUGUUUGUUUGUUAUAAAAUCCUACCGAGCGAAAUGAAAUGAUGUUAUUAUGUAUUCUGUACAAAUGAAGUGUAAAAAAAAAACAAUAUUUCUGUAGUGAGAGAUACAUCCAGGAAAGAAAUAUGAAAAUAAAAUCAUAAAUCAAC